AUGUCUUUACAUACAUAUAUAUUAAAAUCUUCUAUCGAAACAAAGAAAAGAAAAUCAAUACCAAUGACAGACACAAGUAAUCAGCAAAUUGAUUCAUCAUUAUCAUCAAAUGAUAGUAAUAAUAAUAAUAAUAAUAAUAAUAAUAAUAGUAUAGAAAUUCCAUCGACAACACUUUCUAAUCGUCGAUCACAACGACGACGAACAAAUGCUCAAUCACAAAUGCGAAGUAGUUCAUUAACAACAACUAUAUUAAAAGAAAAUGGUUGUACGAAUGAAUGUUCAUUAGAAACAACAAAAGAAAAUGAUAAUCAAAAACAAGAAAAAUGUUCUACACCUGUAUAUAUAGAUAAACUUGUAUUUAAAACAUCAAAAUUAAAUCCAAAAUCAUCUUAUUGGACAGUAACUGAUCGACAAGCUGAAUGGUAUAAACUUACUAUACCAGUCAAUCAAUCAACAAAUAAUAAUAGUAAUAAUACAAAAGAAUCAUCAUUAACAGUAUCUUAUCGAUUAUUACCAAAUAUAUUAGAACGAAAAAAAUCAAAUU